UCGCGUCAUUGUAGGGGUGGAGUUAAUGUGCGCGCCGGCGUCUGAGAAUCACGUGAUGAAGUCCACGUGGGCCGCUCCAGUUGUACAGCCAGGAAGUAGAGAAAUAGCGAACAGCGGUGUGAAUUUUGAUCAAGAUUUACAUUUUACAGAGACAAGAAUAAAGCUGUUAUGGAGCGCGAGAUAGAAAGCUUGAAGCAACAGUUGUUGGCGAAAGACAAUGAAAUAGCCGUCUUAAAGGAAAAGCUUGCAUUGCAAAAGGAUUCCCGGUGCACUUCUUCAACAGCUGGUUUACAAGUAGUAGUCACAGAGCUGAGCCGUUUGGAAGAAAGGACAGCCCUUUCCAAUGAAGAAAUCAUGAGGUAUAGCAGACAGCUUCUCCUGCCGGAGCUCGGUGUCAAAGGUCAGUUAACCCUUUCAAACACGUCUGUCCUGGUUGUUGGGUGUGGAGGGCUGGGAUGCCCUUUGGCACAGUACGUUGCAGCAGCUGGCAUUGGUCGUUUGGGGCUGCUUGAUUAUGAUGGGGUUGAGCUGAGUAACCUGCACCGGCAAGUUCUACAUGGAGAGGACAGACAAGGCAGGCCCAAAGCACUGUCUGCAGCAGAGUCACUGAAGAGGCUCAACUCUAAAGUACAGUAUGUACCUUAUAACAUGCAACUGACUCCUGACAAUGCCCUGCAGCUCAUUCAACAGUAUGACAUUGUAGCUGACUGCUCAGACAAUGUCCCCACACGCUACCUGGUUAAUGAUGCCUGUGUUCUCAGUGGGAAACCUUUGGUUUCGGCCAGUGCUCUGAGAAUGGAGGGACAGCUCACCGUGUAUAACUACAGAGGCGGUCCGUGCUACAGAUGUCUUUACCCAAAGCCUCCUCCACCGGAGACCGUUACCAACUGCUCAGACGGUGGGGUUUUGGGUGUUGUUCCAGGAAUCAUGGGAUGCAUUCAAGCCCUGGAGGUCCUGAAGAUCGCUUCUGGAAAAGAAUCUUCGUAUCGGCAGCAGAUGUUACUGUUUGACGCCCUGGAUGCUCGCUUUCGUACAAUUAAGCUGAGACCCAAGCAGGCUGGCUGUGUAGUGUGUGGAGAGAAUCCAACUGUGAAAGCCCUCGUGGACUAUGAGAAGUUCUGUGGGUCUUCAGCAGCUGACAAGUGCAGGAAGUUAUGUUUGCUACCAAAAGAGCAAAGAAUAUCUGUGCAGGAGUACAAACAGGUAUUGAAUACCCGGAUCCCUCACCUUCUCGUGGAUGUCCGUCCACCUGUAGAGGUUCACAUCUGCCAUCUGCCUUUUUCACUCAACAUUCCUCUUGCUAGUUUAGAAGACAAGAAAGCACAAGAGCUAGAACUUCUGAAAGAGAAAAUCGCUGAAGUGAAGCAACAGACAAACCAGGAAUCUGUUUUUCCAGUGUAUGUGAUCUGCAAACUUGGAAAUGAUUCUCAGAAGGCAGUGCAGAUUUUGCAGAUGAUGUCAGGAACAGAACUGCAUUCUGUGCUAGUAAAAGAUAUCCAGGGAGGAUUAAUGGCUUGGGCUCGCAAAAUUGACCCAACAUUUCCCCAGUAUUAACAUUUUCACUGUGAUCUAAUCUGUGUUUAGUUUUUUUUAAUUUCAGACAUGUUUUGCAUAUAUUUACAUGUGAUCUGUUUUUCAUUAUCAUUCAUGUUUACAGUAUUAAUAGUUGAUCACAUUUGCUCCAACAUAAGGUACCAAUUAAUUUUUGAUAGUAAAGCAUUUCAGUUUUACUAUAGACCAUUUGCCAAAUCUUUUAACACCUGUGUACCUUACAGAACCAUUAUACCAUGGCAAAGGUGAAUAUUUACACAUUCUCCUUAUCUAAUAGUCUUUUACUAACCCAUAUUGAUUAGUGGUUUCAGAGGGUUUGUUCAAAAUAUGCUUUAGUAAGUCCAUUUCACACAGUAGCAAUAAGAAACUGCAAUGUACAGACUAACUUUAAUGUAGAAAGUAUUGAUACAACUGUGACGUUCGUUGGGGUUAUGAUUAAUCUGUGUAUAAUUAUCAAGCAUGUCUAUUUGCAGUCACUGAAAAAAAUCAGGAAUUUCCGUAGGGUCUUUUUUUUCUCCACACAGAUAAACUUUAAAAUCCACUUUUACCUUGCCAACAUCCCGAAACAAAAGAUGUACUAAUUCAUCUUAAAACGUUAAUGAUUCAUGAUGUUAUUAUAUGGUAUUCAGGUAUUGUGUUGGUUAUAAAAUAUGAAUUGCUAUUGAUGGUUCAUAAACAUUUGCCACCUAUUGGAUUAUUAAACUCGUUCCAUCAUA